AACACAAUGAAAAGCUUAAGAUUUUAUUCCAGUCUUUUUAGACGGCCAGAAACACAAGUUACUCAAUAUUUCAAGCGCUUUUGCACAGUAUCGUCCACAUACGUUUCUAACUCUUAUGAAAAGGUUUUAAAAGGUGGCGGUAUAAGUGACUCGGUGCGAGAGGCACAAUAUGCUGUUAGAGGAGAGGUUCCAACCAGAGCGCUCCAACUAGAAGAAGAAUUGAAGCAUAACAAACAGAGACCUUACGACCAUAUCAUUUUUUGUAAUGUGGGAAACCCACAAUCCCUUGAAAAUCCACCUAUCACGUAUGUUCGACAGGUUCUUGCUCUUUGUGAUUUUCCGGAGCUUUUGAACUCCAAUCUUUUCCCUGCUGACGCGAAGGAGCACGCAAAACGAAUAUUGAUUAGUGCUGGAAAAGGAGGGAGUGGGGCUUACAGUAACUCUGGUGGAGUAAGUUGUAUUCGUGAGGAUAUUGUUGACUUUAUCCAACGGAGAGAUGGCUACGAGUCAUCAGUCAACAACGUUUUCCUCACAAACGGAGCGUCAGAUGGAAUAGCUUUAAUAAUGAAGUUGCUGGUAUCAUCUUCCAACUCCGGUGUCAUGGUUCCCGUUCCGGAAUAUCCUUUAUAUAGUGCUCUGCUGUCUUUAUUAGGAGCCAAACCUGUUCGAUACUACUUGAAUGAAGACAGAAAUUGGUCAAUUGAGCUUUCCGAGCUAGAGAGAGCCUAUGAAAGUUCAAAAAAGGCUGGAAUUUCAAUAAGUGGGAUUGUUUUAAUAUCCCCAGGAAACCCUACUGGUCAAGUUUUGGAGAAAUCGAACCUCGAAGAAAUAAUAGAUUUUGCGUAUAGAAGAAGGCUUGUUGUUUUAGCAGAUGAAGUAUAUCAAGAAAAUGUUUACACAAAAGGAAAGAAAUUCGUAUCUGUCAAGAAGGUUUUGCGUGACAUGCCUGGCAAGUAUCAAGAUGUGGAGUUGGCAAGUUUUCAUUCGGCAUCUAAAGGAUUCUAUGGUGAGUGUGGUAGACGCGGAGGUUAUCUUGAAGUUGCAAACUUCAAUGAAGAGGCCCUUGAGCAAUUGUAUAAGCUCGCCUCAAUCAAUCUUUGUGCCAAUUUAAACGGCCAGAUAGCAAUGUCAUGUAUCACACGACAUCCCACACAAGGAAUGCCAUCUUAUUCCCGCUUCGAAGAAGAACGAUCAAAUUUGUUGUCGUCAUAUGCUCGAAGAGCAGAAAUGAUACAGACUGCAAUGAACAAUAUGGAGGGUUGUUCCUGUAAUCAAGUUGAAGGAGCAAUGUACGCCUUUCCUCGAAUAAAUAUACCACCAUCAGCUCAGCAGAUAGCAAGGUCACAAGGGAAGCAACCUGACGUUCUUUAUGCGCUGUCGUUGUUGGAACAUUCUGGUGUCUGUGUGGUUCCAGGAAGCGGUUUUGGUCAAAAACCUGGAACAUUCCAUUUUCGAACGACUAUACUUCCCCCUGAGCAUGAUUUUCCUAAAGUGAUGACUUCUUUUCAAAAACACCACGAAUGGUUUCUUAAUAAAUACAAGGCCUAGAAUGGUAAGAAAACAACGAAGUUUUAUUAAAGGAGAAAAAAAAUCGUGAAAAGCACAGAGAGAGUAAGCCCCAUUUUGUUAGUAACGAGGUUGUGUCACGGAAUUUGCCUCACAACCUAUAAACUUUUAGUUCAAGCA